AUGAAGAUUGACACAGGACAUUGGAAGGACUGGGAGGUCUACCUAAUCGACGAGGAUGGAGCCCGCCUUCGUGAGGCCUUCCCUUCCAACUAUAGCGCGUUUACUGACCCGAGUCCCCAAGCCGAGCACAAGAUCGAACACACGCCGCCUUCCUCGGCCACCACGGCUGGACUGGUGACUUUCCAUGUGGAAUGCAAGCACGGCCAAGCAUUCAAAAUCGGCACGUCUCGUCUUUCGCCCGCCGCUUUUGACUGUCGCAUCGACUACACUGUCGAUGGCCGUAAAGUUGAGGGAGUAGCAUUCCUGAAGGACAGCCAAAUGGUAGAGAAUGGCCCUCAACUGGACGUCGAAACCGCUGCAGAGAUGGGGAAAAUCAGCGUUCGUCUUACGGCCGGCAUAUGCACCCCCAGUGAACGAAAGCGUCCCCCGCACACCACACCACCAGCCAUGAGCGUCAUCGAUGAGCGCACCAAGAAGGCCCUGAUCGGUACCGUGGUUGGAGGAGAGCUCGAAUCAGCUCCAGCUGUCCACCAAGACACGUACAGCAUGACUUAUGUCCACAAGCACAUUUCCCGGUAUAAGAUCGUCAUUUCAUAUGGAACAGCUGGCCACCUGCUCGCCAGCGGCGUCAUUGAGAAGAACGACCCCAGGCAAGACUCGGAAUCCGAUUCCGAAUCAAACGACGUGAAGCCCAAACUCAAGCGCCGUCACAGCGAUGACAAGCCCCAGCGUUGGUCCAAGCGCAACAAGGAAGUCAUCGACCUCACCGAAGAUGACUAA